CCUCUCCCGCCCCAGCCCGUCCCGUCCCAUCCCGUCCUGUCCCGUCCCGUCCCGUGGCGGCAGGGGAGCAGAGCCAUGCUGCACUGGGGAUACGACGAGCACAACGGGCCUGCCCACUGGAAGGAGGUUUUUCCUGUCGCUAAUGGAGACCGUCAGUCACCCAUCGACAUCAAAACUGAGGAUACCAAGUAUGAUCCCUCCCUCCGUCCUCUAAAUCCCAGUUAUGAUCCAGCUUCUGCUAAAAUCAUCCUUAACAAUGGGCACUCCACCAGUGUGGAGUUUGAUGACACCGUCAACAAAUCAGUGCUGACUGGGGGGCCACUCAGUGGGACCUACAGGCUGCGCCAGAUUCACUUCCACUGGGGAUCCAAUGAUGAAGCUGGCUCUGAGCACACUGUGGAUGGGAUGAAGUAUGCGGCAGAGCUUCAUGUGGUCCAUUGGAAUGCAGAAAAAUAUUCCAGUUUUGUUGAGGCAGCUUGUCAGUCAGAUGGACUAGCAGUCAUGGCUGUAUUUCUGAAGAUUGGUGAAUGCAACCCUCAACUGAACAAGAUUACUGACCGCUUGGACACCAUCAGAAUCAAGGGAAAAAAAGCACUAUUCACAAACUUCGACCCCAGCUGUCUGCUUCCCAAGUCCCUGGACUACUGGACUUAUUUUGGCUCUCUCACUGUUCCACCCCUUCUUGAAAGUGUCAUCUGGAUUGUUCUGAGAGAGCCCAUAAAUGUUUGUUCUGAGCAGCUGGCCAAAUUCCGCAGCCUCCUGAGCACUGCUGAGGAUGAGGUCGCCUGCUGCUUGCUGAGAAACUUCCGGCCUCCCCAGCCUCUAAGGGGACGAGAAGUCAGAAGGAAUUAAAGGAGUAUACCCAGAGUAGGCUCCCUCUGAAACCAAAGGCUGAAUUCAUUUUAAUAGUUAAUAUACUUUGAGAUUUCUCUUUUUAGUUGUUUUAACUAAUAGGUGUUGUUUUAUUGGUGGUUUCCAUGCAAUCAUUUCUCAUAGGCAAGUAUGUCCGGAGUUAUCACAGAUUCAUUGAUAUUAACAGGUCUGACUGGGUUUGAGUGCAUUGGCUUGGAAGCACUAGGCCAUCAGCAUUGCAUACACACAGGUCACUGCUAAUCAUAAGGGUCAAAUGUGGUGAAGGAGUUGCCCAGAUUUUGCCAGCAAAUUGCUGAAUAGGAUCCUUGGUAUUAUUGACAGUAUAGGAUGUUCUGGGAUAAUUCUUCUGAUCUCUAACAUAACACUUAGCUUCUGUAAAAACCUCACAUUGCAGUUCUCAAAGAAAACAUGUUUCAAGGAGGAUGUAAUUUCAUUGCUGACUUCUGCAAUACCGUGCUUACUUUCCUACAAAAAACAGUAAUGAUUAGCAGUAUUUAAGUAAAACAGAUAUUUAUAUGAUCCUGUUAUUCUGGCUGCUUCAUAGAAGUAAUGAUGUACUGAUUGAUGAGUUUUUUAUAAGCAAAUAGUAAGGAUUUUGUAUAUUGCAAGAUCAUGUCAGGUAGAUUGGGUAUUCCUGAAUUUCACAAUGUCACACAAUGAAAUUGUCCUGAAACCUGAAAACUGCAAGGUGGAAAGGCACAGAGGGAGCUGUUUGUGCCUAAAUCCAGUUUGUUGCAUUUGGUGAAAAAUAAGGGGUUAUUACACAAUUUCCAUGUAAACAUCAGACUUUUGCCACUUAAACUCAAGAGGCAGGGAUAGCUGUUGUUCCAGACCAUUGCACACUGCAGUGUGAACCACAUGCUGCUUACCUCUCAUCUCACUGUGGAGCACAGUCCUGCCCAGGUAUAGAAUGUGUCAAGGUGUUGGCUGAUGUUCUGCUUCAUAGUUGAACUUCAGUGGUUGCACUUAUAUUCCAAGACCAAAGAGAAUAGUCAGAGAGAGCCAAAGAAAUUGGAAUCAAGUCAACAUCGAAUAAAAAGCUCAGCCCUCAAUAGCAAUAUGUUGAAACGUCUAUCUUUAUGAGUUGACUUGACCCUGUGUUUCUCUCAGGAGCUUUUUUUAUCUGAAUAUAAUUGGGUUUUUUUACACCAAAUAUUUUUAUUAAUGAGCAUGCCAUAGGAAGUAGCUUAGGAUAGAAUUAUAUUUACUCUCAAGCUGUGAGAACUGCAUAGUGAAAUCCAGUGAGUGAUACCUGAAAAAGGCAGCUAGAGGUUUUACUGGCAGCAACUAACACCAAUCUCUGUAGUACUUCUGACAAAUUCAUCUUCCAUAACUGCUCUCCUUGAAUUCAUUUCUAAAUAGGUUUUAUAUGCUUUGCCUUUUACCUCAGUGGGUCAUUUGAUCUUAGAUGAACAAACAUGAGGGAAAUCACAAUCAGGAUUGACAUUAUAUGCUGUUUUAGAGCAAUAAAUUAGACAUAGACAUAGAGAUAUUUUAUCUUAGUUUAAGAUAUGUGGAUUUUUUUGUUUUCCCCUCCCCAGAAUAUAGCUAUUCUAUCCUGCAAGGCCUCCCAAUGCCUUUUGAAUAUUUUCUGAAGAAAAAUACAAACAGACCAUUGGAGAAAUAAAAGGCAUUUAGCAGAACUGCUAAAAAAGCAGGAAUGUGUUGUAUGUUUUCACUCCCUUUUUUAGACUUAGGAUUGAUCUCACAUGUUUCCCUGUUAUGUGAGUAGCUACAGAAUGUGGAAAAAAAUACUUACAAAUUGCAGGAAGGAUACAAAGGAUUAGUUAGUCUCAGAAGAGAAAGGAAUAAGGCUACUGCUUCAUAGUGUAAACAGAAGUUUUGUGUAUUUCUUACCUAUUGUAAACAGUGGAGUUGAUUAAAUUCUUUUAUAUUUAUAAGGAUUUUACAAAAUAAAAUAUGGAUUUUA